AUGGAGCUGGACGAGAUAGAAGCGCACGUUCGGUCAUCGCAGCCCAGGGUGCAUUCAGGGAACAGUUUAACAUCGCGCCUGCGGGUUGUGGCCCUGAUGGAAAAUAUUAUGUGGGUGGACACGUUUAUGGAUACCGAUAGUGUGCAGAAAAAGAAACAAGAAUCUUCAGGAACCACCGGGACACGAGAAAACGCCGAGAAAGUUAGCCUGAAGUCUGACUCCCCCUCCCAGCGAUCUGCACGCAAAAAUGCAGCAGCUCAUGCAAUUUAUGAUCGCAAAGAGACGAAUUCUCCAUGGAGACUUGAAAUUUUAUCCAUAGAAACUGGCAGUGAUGCGCACACUGGAAAGACUGAAAGUGGAAAGACUGAAAGUGGAAAGACUGAAAGUGGAAAGACUGAAAGUGGAAAGACUGAAAGUGGAAAGACUGAAAGUGGAAAGACUGAAAGUGGAAAGACUGAAAGUGGAAAGACUGAAAGUGGAAAGACUGAAAGUGGAAAGACUGAAAGUGGAAAGACUGAAAGUGGAAAGACUGAAAGUGGAAAGACUGAAAGUGGAAAGACUGAAAGUGGAAAGACUGAAAGUGGAAAGACUGAAAGUGGAAAGACUGAAAGUGGAAAGACUGAAAGUGGAAAGACUGAAAGUGGAAAGACUGAAAGUGGAAAGACUGAAAGUGGAAAGACUGAAAGUGGAAAGACUUGGACUGAAAGUGGAAAGACUUGGACUGAAAGUGGAAAGACUUGGACUGAAAGUGGAAAGACUUGGACUGAAAGUGGAAAGACUUGGACUGAAAGUGGAAAGACUUGGACUGAAAGUGGAAAGACUUGGACUGAAAGUGGAAAGACUUGGACUGAAAGUGGAAAGACUUGGACUGAAAGUGGAAAGACUUGGACUGAAAGUGGAAAGACUUGGACUGAAAGUGGAAAGACUUGGACUGAAAGUGGAAAGACUUGGACUGAAAGUGGAAAGACUUGGACUCAAAAUGGAAAGACCAUAUAA